AUGGCGAACCCCACCUCUACCUCGGCGUCGUCCGACCCAGUUUCACCUUCCUCCGCACACCCUUCCUCCUCCUCCUCCUCCUCCACCACCACCACCACACGGGAGUGCGCUCAGUGCUACAUCCCAGCCACCGAGGAUAUCAAGCUCAGCACCUGUAAUAGAUGCAAAAGAGCAUGGUACUGCUCGCGCGGGUGCCAAGUUACUGACUGGAAGUAUCACAAGGCGAAAUGCGCUGCUUCGACCACUGAAGAGCCUUCGAACAUCGGGGAGCCACCUUCAGACCUUCCGGGUCCCCACUAUGGUUGUACCGGUAUUCCCUUCGAAUCGUACGACGACGCACCUCUUGAAGAGAUCAAGUUCCCCUACAAAGCGCUCAAGUACGGAAAGUGGUUACAUGGUCGUCCUCGAUUGGACGUCUACCGUCUUCUAUUCGCUACCUACCGCCUGCGUAUCGCCGACGAGAAGAAGUUCCUCAAGAGAACUGGCGAUAUCGACGAGUUGAAUGGAUUCAAGGGAUUGGGCAUGAUGCUUGCAGAUCUUGAGCGCAAGCGUGGCCUUCUGCCACCCUGGUGGACCCAGGAGGAGACUCAGUCCCUCCUGGGUCGAUUCCUGCUUUUCCGCCGGUGCAUCGGCGAUGCGGCAUUCUGGAUCUCGAUUGAGGACAUCGAGAAGAACUGGAGCGAAGACAUUGGCCUCCAACUCCGGUGCUUCGGAGAAAUUAUAACCGGAAAGCCGCUGAUUGAUGAUACUACCUUCGCCUCAGCACUUACACUUCAGGCGGCUCUCGAUGAGCGUGAUGAGCUGCUCGAAACAGUGAAUGCCGCCGCGAAGGUUUCCAAGACAGCGAAUGAGGCCAAGAGGGCUGAAGAAGCCAAGCAGGCGGAGGAAGCCAAGAAGGCUAAGAAGGCCCAGAAGAACAAGCAGGACCGGGUGAGAAAGAAGGCCCGUAAGAUCCAAAAGGCCCAGAAAGCCCAGGAGACCGGAGUGGCCCAGGAGAGCCCGGAAACUUCGGAGUACGAAACUCCCGAUACCAGCAAGUCUCCGGAUGCCAAUGCAGCCGGCAACCAGACCCAGGGCGCCAGCAAGGCCAAGAAGGCUCGUAAGAAGUCCCACAAGACCGAGGCAGCUCGCGGGGCUCAGAAAACCCACGACACCGAGGUGAAGGGCAAAGAACCCGCCAAGUUAGCCGGGGGUGAGGACUCGGAGGAGGAUGAACGAGGUAAUCAAAACGAUCCGGAGGAAUCCGUUGAUGCUGAGUUGCGCAAGCUAAUCAUCACACGGCCCAGCCCACGCCAGGACGGAUGA